AGCAGAAGGAAGAGAUAAGAACAAGGGGCGAGCACCAAGCAGGUGGGAACUGCGCUGGGACCUGCAGGAAAGGGAUCAGGAGAAUCUCGUAGGUUGGCAAGUUGCUAUGGCCAGUGGACCAAAAAUGAUGGCCCCCAUUUGUCUGGUGGAGAACCACAAGGAGCAGCUAUCGGUGAACCAGAAAGCCCUGGAGAUUCUGGACAAGAUCUCGCAGCCAGUGGUAGUUGUGGCUAUUGUUGGAUUGUACCGUACAGGCAAGUCCUAUCUGAUGAACCGCCUGGCAGGACAGAAUCACGGCUUCCCUUUGGGCUCCACUGUGCAGUCUGAAACCAAGGGCAUCUGGAUGUGGUGUGUGCCCCAUCCCACCAAGCCAAAGCACACUCUGGUCCUCCUGGACACCGAGGGACUGGGGGAUGUGGAGAAGGUUGACCCUACGAAUGACUCGUGGAUCUUUGCCCUGGCUGUGCUUCUGGGCAGCACCUUUGUCUACAACAGCAUGGGCACCAUCAACCACCAGGCCCUGGAGCAGCUGCAUUACGUCACAGAACUCACUGAGCUGAUCAGGGCAAAGUCUUCCCCAAGUCCUGAUGGAAUCAAGAAUUCCACAGAGUUUGUGAGUUUCUUCCCAGACUUUGUCUGGACUGUUCGGGACUUUACCCUGGAGCUGAAGUUAGAUGGAAAGAGCGUCACGGAGGAUGAGUACCUGGAGAAUGCACUGAAGCUGAUCCCAGGUGACAAUCCCAGAAUCCAAGCAUCCAAUUUGCCCAGGGAGUGCAUCAGACAUUUCUUCCCUAAACGGAAGUGUUUUGUCUUUGACCGGCCAACAAAUGACAAGGAACUCUUACGCAAAAUUGAGACUAUCUCAGAAGACCAACUGGAUCCUAAGUUCCAGGAACAAACAAGGGCUUUUGUUUCCUACAUCUUCACUGAGGCAAAGAUAAAGACACUCAGAGAGGGAAUUAAGGUCACUGGGAAUCGACUGGGGACUCUGGUGACGACGUACGUGGAUGCCAUCAACAGUGGAGCUGUGCCCUGUCUGGAUGAUGCGGUGACAACUCUGGCCCAGCGUGAGAACUCAGCAGCUGUGCAGAAGGCAGCUGAGCACUACAGUGAGCAGAUGGGCCAGCGACUGAGGCUCCCCACAGACACGCUCCAGGAGCUGCUGGAUGUGCACACAGCCUGUGAGAAGGAAGCCAUUGCUGUCUUCAUGGAGCACUCCUUCAAGGACGAAAACCAGCAAUUCCAGAAGAAGAUGCUGGAAUUAAUAGUGAUCAAGAGGGCAGAUUUCCUGCUGAAGAAUGAAGAGGCAUCAGAGAAAUACUGCCAGGAAGAACUGAAUUGUCUUGUGAAAGCACUAACAGAGAGUAUUUCAGCGGGGACAUUCUCCAUUGCUGGAGGACACAGGCUCUACAUGGAAAUGAGGGAGAAGAUUGAGCAAGAUUAUUGGCAGGUGCCCAGGAAAGGGGUGAAGGCAAGUGAAGUCUUCCAGAGAUUUCUGAAGUCACAGGCCACCAUCGAGAGUUCCAUCGUGCAGGCAGAUACAGCCCUCACUGCUGGGGAGAAGGCCAUUGCAGAGGAGCAGGCCCAGAGGGAGGCAGCAGAAAAGGAACAAGACCUGCUUAGACAGAAGCAGAAGGAGCAGCAGCAACUGAUGGAGGCUCAAGAAAGAAGUCACAAGGAAAACCUCGAACAACUGAGAACGAAGCUGGUGCAGGAGAGAGAGCAGCUCAUCAAAGACCAGAAGAAGAUGCUGGAGAAGCAGCUGCAGGCCCAAAAGGCAUUGCUUGCGGAAGGAUAUAAGAAGAAAUCUGAGGAAAUGAAUGCAGAAAUAAAUAAUUUGAAAAGUAAGAUUGAGACUAUAAAGAAAGAGAACACCUCGUUUUUGGAGCAAACCCUGAAUGCCUUUGCUACAGUUCUCUGUGCUCCUAUUGUUCUGGCUGUAGAGGUUGUAAAAGGCAUUGCUGCACUCUUUUGAGACUCGAUCCUCUGAGAACACGAGACAGUGAAUAUGUGCUUUGUCCCAUUUUUAAGGCACACGUUCAUUUUCAUUAAGCAAAGUUUUAAACAUGGAAGUGUUACUCAGUUUAGAACAGUUUAGCCUGGCCUAUGUUUGCUCAAACAAAUUCAUGUAUGUUUUGCUAGAUGAUGUUUGCAACAUCAUAUGGUGGGGAUUCUCUGAGUUAUUGCUUGCCAUGGUGACAAAUUUAAAAAGACUUAAAUGUCAUUGAUUGAUAUUGGCAAUACAAGCUUUCAUAUGUGCCCACAGUUGAAUACUUCUUAGUCAGGAAACACGAUCUCAGUGGGGCCUCUUUUGUUCUAAUAGUAAGUUGAGCACAGAGAUACUUUAUCAAAUAGGUAUGUCAAAACACCAUGCCAAUCUUCCAUGCCAACACACAAGUGUAUAAACACAAUGGGUUCUGAAAGAUAGUCAUCAGUGACAGGGAGGAAGGCAUAGUGACCGCCAAGGAUGAUGACUGCGAAGCAGGAUGUACACAAGCAGAGACAUUUCAAAGAGGAAUGAGGAGAAGUAUUUGGGAUGAGAUAAAGCAAAGCAGACCUCAAGUUUCAGGAAUCUUUCUGUAAUAAAUACUCAGACACCAGUGAGAGUGGAAGAGAGAUGGUACCCACGGUCCAAUGCCCAGAUGGCUCCCAGGAGG